AUGUCGGACCUAGCAGGGCAAGCAGCCGCACCCGCACCUCCUGCAGCAGCAACACCUUCCGACGACGACAACUAUAGGACAUGGUCUCCUCCUCGUGGUCGUGUUGCACAGGCGCAAUUACAACGAGUCGUGCGCGAGGGAAACAUUCAAGACGACAACAAUAACGAGCAUGGCGUAGAGGCCGAGAGCAUGAGCGAUAACGCGUGGAUCGCCACCGGCGUGCGAAAACUUCUCUCUGCUGCAACCAACGCCGCUGCCGCGACCCCUCUCCUGGCGAGGAGGUACCGCCUCGAGACUAGCUGCGGCGCUUAG